AUGUCAAUCGAAGAUAUCGACGCAAAAAGUGUUCAACAAUUCGAUCCUUAUCGUGCUACUGGUCUCUGGCAUAUCAUAGCGACUAAUGAUAAUAUGUGGAAAAGCAAACUAACUCCUACAAUAACUUAUAGUAUUCAUGAAAAUUUGCCAGAUGGGCGCGUUCGCAUGAAUAAUCUUGUUGAAUAUUAUAGUAAACAACUUUGCGUUGGCUAUCGUCCGACGAGUAUAGAAGGUAUUGACACUCAACUAUCAAUUAAACCAAGUCGUUAUCAAUGGCGAGGUAGCGGUAUACUGAAACUCUUUACUAACGAAUCGGGUUUCAUUUUUGUUGAUAACGAAACAGCACCUGAUCGACCUUAUCAGUGGAUAGCAAAAAUAUAUAGCCCAACAAUUUUUUCUAGCGGUGGAAUCGAUUUAAUGACUCGUACACGACACCCACCGACACAUGUACUUAAUGAUUUCGUACAAUUUUGUCGAGACGACUCCGUAAUAAGACCGAGAUCGGCGAAUAUGUUUUAUACUCGAGAAAAAGCUGAUAAUGAAAUUUAUUAUAUAAGAGAUCUUCAAUUAGAUUAA